CAUUACACCAAACAAGAGAGAAGAAGCAGCAGAAAAGAGAACAGUGAGAAGAAGAGCUUGGGCGACCCUUAUCUUGUUGGCACCAAAGACCGAAACUUUGAAGAAGAAGAAGAGAGACAAUGUCUGUUUGUGUUAGUGGGUCUUACACACUAUUCGCGAACCGUUCCAAUUUGAAGACCGUGGCGGUUCUGAGCAGAGAGAAGAAGAAUAAGAUGGGUGUCCAAUACGAUCUGAAGCAAGGGCAGAGUCGUAAUUUCCACGAGCUCCCUUCUGGUCUAAGCAUGGAGGUGAUUGUGCAGAAGGGUGAGGAAAAGAAGAAGAAUGGUGAACACCCACUUCCACCUUUGGUUUUUGUUCAUGGGAGUUACCAUGCUGCUUGGUGCUGGGCGGAACACUGGUUGCCCUUCUUUUCAUCUUCUGGCCAUGAUUGCUAUGCUCUUAGCUUGUUAGGACAGGGUGAAAGUGAUGAACCUGCUGAUUCUGUUGCCGGUACACUUCAGACACAUGCAAGAGAUGUUGCCGAUUUUAUCUGUCGUAAUAUUAGAUCGCCACCUGUCUUGGUCGGGCAUUCAUUUGGAGGACUUAUUAUUCAAUAUUAUACUUCCAAUUUAGGAAGUGACAAACUCAAAGAAGACUUGUACCCAAAGCUUAAAGGAGCUGUACUUGUUUGCUCUGUACCUCCUUCUGGUAAUAGUGGGGUAGUCUGGCGUUAUAUCUUUUCCAAGCCAAUUGCUGCCUUCAAGGUGACACGCAGCUUGGCAGCAAAAGCUUUUCAGACCUCUCUUCCUCUUUGUAGGGAGACAUUUUUCUCAGCCACUAUGGAGGAUCAUGUUGUUAAAAGAUAUCAAGAGCUAAUGAAAGAAAGUAGUAGGAUGCCAUUGUUUGAUUUAAGAAAGUUGAAUGCAUCACUUCCGGUUCCUUCAGUGCCAAACUGCCCUCUUGAAAUUCUUGUGAUGGGUGCAAAGGAUGACUUCAUUGUGGAUGAAGAGGGUCUCAAAGAAACAGCAAAGUUUUAUGGUGUGUCACCAGUAUGUGUUGAAGCAAUUGCCCAUGACAUGAUGUUGGACGUUUCGUGGGAGAAAGGUGCGAAAGUUAUUCUUUCAUGGCUAAAUGGUCAAGAGAAAUAGGAAGCAGCAAAUAUUUGUGGUUCAUUGUGUAAAUAUUUGUCUUGCUUCAAAACACUGAAUGAUGCAGUGAUGUAGAAGGUGUUCCAAGCUUCAAGGUAGGUCCAAGCAGAUAUGUGUAGUUGUAAUAGUGAUUCAAUUUCAAACAUUCAUAUAAAUAGUUGCACUUCUAUGAGCAUCAUAAUGUACUUGGUUUUAAGUAUGUGCUCUCA